AUGUCCUCUCCCAGCAAAGCCCCCCAGCGCAGCGACAUGAUCCUCGCCAUGAACGACCCCUACAUGCGACAAAUCAUCGACGGCACCAAGACCUAUGAGUUCCGCAAGUACAAAAUGGCCGGUAUCAAGCGCAUCUGGUUCUACCGCACUGCCCCUUACUCCGCCAUAACUCACAUCUGCCCCGUCAACGAAGCCGUCACGAGAAACUCCGGCGACGCGCCACUGCCUGAAGAUGGGCUGGGAAACAAGGAGUACAAUGAGAAGGACGCUGAUUACGAGGGCUAUGACUUUGCGUAUCGGAUCAAUGCGGUUUAUGAGAUCCAGGCGGAGGGUGGACGGGGCAUUACUUGGGCGAUGAUGCGGGAUGAGCAUGGUAUGAAGAUUGCGCCGCGGGGAAGAGUCAGGGUCCCCGAAUCGAUGAUUGAGCAGUAUCGCUUGGAGGACCAGAAGAAAGUUCUGUGA